AUGAGCACUAAGCGUGGCGCCGCGAGAGGCGUCAAGCUGCCUUAUCGCAAAGCCCAUGCCAACGCGCUCAAUGCUUCACGCUCCGAGCCGACGGCAGCCCAACUCAAAAAUGCCGCCAUUGAGGUUUCUCUCGCCGAUCUGGAAGAACGCGUGGCCGACGUGCGCGACUCGUGGGAGACGGACUCGCUCUUUGAAGAUGCCUUUGAAGCCAUCGCCGAGGAGAGUUCAGCUUCAUCGUCAACCUCUAGCCGCAUGGCAGUGUCACAUACCUGGUCAUCACCACCCUUCUUGCCACUCGACCCCGCUGACCGACACACCCCCCCUGCAGACAGCACUGAAGCUUGCACACCAGACGAGGCCAACCGCCUUCGCAGAGAACUUCGCGAGCAGGGCCCUGCCGUCUUUUGUCAGCGCACCGUAGAUGCCGGCCGCUACACGGCCAAGAAGCUACUCUCGGCCUUUGGCUUCAAGGCGCCCGGCUUUCUUGAAGGCGAGCCUGAUGAGUCGUACUACAGCCUGCUGUCGCUGGCCAUUACCCGCGAACUCUCCAAGCGCGCCAAGAUUGCCCGCUAUAAUAGCGUCGACGACGCCGUCGACUUAAUUGCCAAGAGCUCCAACAUUGUCCUCAUCACCGGCGCCGGCAUCUCCACCUCGCUGGGCAUCCCGGAUUUCCGCUCCAAGGGCACCGGCCUGUACUCGAAGCUCGCCCAUUUGGGCCUCAGCGACCCGCAGGAGGUGUUUGACAUUGACGUCUUUAAGGAGGACCCGUCCAUCUUCUACUCGGUCGCCAAGGACAUUAUCCCCGCCACGGAGCGUUACACGCCCACGCACAAGUUCAUCGCCAUGCUGCACCAGCGCGGCAAGCUCCUCACAAACUACUCGCAAAACAUUGACAACCUCGAGAUCAAGGCCGGCGUACCCAGAGAUAAGCUCAUCCAGUGUCAUGGAUCCUUUGGCACCGCCUCGUGCGUCCAGUGCGGCCACCGAAUCGCUGGCGAAUUCAUCUUUCCCGACAUUCGUGCCGGCAUCAUCCCUCGGUGCCCGAAGUGCACCCAAGCUGCUGCGGCCUCGACCAACCGCGCUUCUUCAUCUAAGCGUCGCCGCGCCGCCUCCGAGAAGAAGCGCCGCCGGUGGUCCGCCGACGACAGCUCCGACGACGACGCCGCCGCCGCCCACCACGGCGCAUCCACAGCGUACUACGACGCGUCCAGCGCGGGCGUCAUGAAGCCCGACAUUACCUUUUUCGGCGAGGCCCUCCCCGACGAGUUUUCGCGGCGCCUGACGGAGAAUGACCGCGACAAGGUCGACCUCGUCAUCGUCAUUGGCACCUCGCUCAAGGUCACGCCCGUAUCGGAGAUUGUCAGCUGGCUGCCCUCGCACAUUCCGCAAAUUUACGUCUCGCGCCAACCCGUCAACCACAUCAACUUUGACAUUGAUUUGCUCGGCGACUGCGACGUCGUCGUCGCCGAGCUCUGCCGCCGUCUCGGCUGGCCGCUCCGGCACGAAAUGGUGCCGCCCGGACAAAUUAUUGACGUUCGCACCGAGACGGGCUUUCAGAGCCAGCAUGUGUUUGAGGUGCGCAGGCCCGUUGGCCUCGAUGCUGCUGCUGCUGCUGCUGCUCAUGAUGAUGAAAAGGAGACGGAGAAUGGAGAGGAGAAGGAAAAUGGCAAACCCGCCACGCCAUUAUCCGUCUAA